AUGGACGAGUACAAAUCGUUUUUGGUCGACUUUUUAGCUGGAGGAAUUUCUGCUGCAAUUUCAAAAACUGCAGUCGCUCCAAUUGAGCGGGUGAAAAUUCUCCUACAAGUACAAGAAACUUCUCAGCACAUUAAAGCUGAACAACGAUAUAAAGGGCUUCUUGACGUGCUAAUUCGAGUCCCUAAAGAAACAGGAUUCUUCAGUCUUUGGAGAGGGAAUUUAGCAAACGUGAUACGAUAUUUUCCCACUCAAGCUCUAAAUUUUGCCUUUAAGGACAAAUUCAAAAAAAUCUUUUUGGACGGUGUGCCGAAAGAUGAUUUUUGGAAACAAUUCGGUGGAAGUUUGGCAGCCGGAGGAGCAGCAGGAGGCUCUUCCUUAAUUUUUGUCUAUCCUCUCGAUUAUGCACGAACACGAUUAGCAGCAGACAUUGGAAAGGAGAAGAAUAGAGAAUAUUCCGGAAUGAUAGAUUGCAUGAAGAAAACUUUCAAGUCCGAUGGACCAAUUGGACUCUACAGAGGAUUUUUCGUCAGCGUUCAAGGAAUCGUAAUUUACAGAGCAACAUAUUUUGGAUUCUACGACACACUAAAGAGCCAAUUGCCAAAUCCUAAAGAGUCGCCAUUAAUUAUAAAUUUCUUUAUCGCCGAGGUACGAAACUAUUUUUUCUAA